GAUUCUUGUACUUUUAUUGUUAUUCCUAUAGACAUAUAUAAUUUAAGCUCCACCAUGUUGACACCCUCGAACUCCCGAUCCGCAGUGCGGUCGAUGGCUUCUUUGGCGCAUGCAGCAUCUAGAGCGUCCGCCAGUUCCCCCGCAGUCGCACGCUCUGCUUUAGCAUGUGCUGCCCGGUCCCCCGCUUCUCUCGGGUGCCGUCGCGCUCUGAGCACCAAUAGCCGACAACUCCAGUUCCCCCGCCUUCAGUCUUUGAACACCAUCUCCAGCAAGAGAGCUUUUGGUACAACCGCAAGAAUGGCUUCGGAAACUCGUGUUGAAACUGACGCCUUUGGCGAGAUUGAGGUCCCCGCCGACAAGUACUGGGGUGCCCAGACCCAGCGUUCCUUGGGUAACUUCGACAUCAACCAGCCUCAGGAUCGCAUGCCCGAGGGCGUUGUCAAGGCUUUCGGUAUUCUGAAGGGUGCUGCUGCUACUGUGAACAUGAAGUUUGGCCUUGACCCAAAGGUUGGUGAGGCUAUCCAGAAGGCUGCCGCUGAGGUUGCCGAGGGUAAGCUCUUGGACCACUUCCCUCUUGUUGUUUGGCAGACUGGUUCCGGUACCCAGUCCAACAUGAACUCUAACGAGGUCAUCUCGAACCGUGCCAUUGAAAUCCUGGGCGGCAAGAUGGGAUCUAAGAAGCCUGUGCACCCCAACGACCACGUGAACAUGUCUGCUUCCUCCAACGACUCUUUCCCCACUGCUAUGCACAUCGCUGCUGUCUUGGAGCUCGAGGGAACUUUGCUGCCUUCCCUCAAGAGCCUUCGCGAUGCCCUCCAGGUGAAGGUGGAGAACUUUGAGAAGAUCAUUAAGAUCGGUCGUACCCACCUGCAGGAUGCUACCCCUCUUACUCUUGGCCAGGAGUUCUCCGGCUACGUUGCUCAGCUUGAUCGCAACAUCGAGCGCGUUCAGAACUCUCUUCCCCACCUUCGCUACCUUGCUCAGGGUGGAACUGCUGUCGGCACUGGCCUGAACACCUUCAAGGGCUUCGAUGAGGCCAUUGCUGCCGAAGUCACCAAGAUGACUGGCACCGAAUUCAAGACCGCCCCCAACAAGUUCGAGGUCCUCGCUGCUCACGACGCGAUCGUCGAGGCCUCUGGUUCUCUUAACACUCUUGCUUGCUCCCUCUUCAAGAUCGCCCAGGAUAUCCGUUAUCUCGGUUCUGGACCUCGUUGCGGUCUGGGAGAGCUGAUCCUCCCCGAGAACGAGCCCGGCUCCUCUAUCAUGCCCGGAAAGGUCAACCCCACUCAGUGCGAGUCCCUCACCAUGAUCUGCUCUCAGGUUAUGGGCAACCACGUCGCUGCUACCGUCGGUGGCAUGAACGGCCAGUUUGAGCUUAACGUCUUCAAGCCCGUCAUGAUCCGCAACCUCCUGCACAGCUCGCGCAUCCUUUCGGAUGGCAUGAAGAGCUUCGAAAAGAACCUGGUGCACGGUCUCGAGGCCAACGAGCCCAGAAUCAACUCCCUGCUCCACGAGAGUCUGAUGCUCGUCACCUGCUUGAACCCCGUUAUCGGUUACGACAUGGCGUCCAAGGUCGCUAAGAACGCCCACAAGAAGGGUCUUACUCUGAAGCAGAGUGCCAUGGAGCUUCAGGCCCUUAGCGAGGAGGACUUCGACACCCAUGUCCGCCCCGAGCUGAUGCUUGCUCCUAAGGAGAAGAAAUAGAGAGGUGCAUUUUGAUACCUGAAUAACGAAAAGGGGUUAGGAUGGGUUGGUUCAGUUUAAGAUAUAGCGAAUUAGCAUCUUUUUCCUUUUAGAUUUGUUGUGAUGUAGUCUAGUGUAUACAGAUAUAAAAUGCUGGUUGUACGGA